ACAGAAAAAUUCUAUCUUUUGUCCACUGAAGUCACUUUAUCUGAGAUUAACCUCUCCUCCUCAACAACUCUUUAGUACGCAAGAGAUAUUAUGGUAUCAACUAGUCUCAACCAGAUUGUGUGGCUUUUUUUCAGCGGAAUUACUUUCUCUUGCGCCUCCCCAGCACACCACGGCCAUGUCUUACACGAAGAACGUCGCACUUUGCCAUGUGGGUGGCAGAAGGGCGAUCGUCUAGAACCAGAUAUUAUUCAUCCUAUUCGGAUUGCCCUUACGCAGAACGGAUUAGAGAGAGGUGAAGAGCUCCUAAUGGCUAUUUCAGACCCAGACUCGCCACUGUACGGCCAGCACUGGACACAAGAAGAAGUUUAUAGCUUCUUUGGACCAAGCGAUGAAUCCGUUAUAAUGGUUCAGCAGUGGCUAAAAGAAUCUAUUCCAGCAGCCGACCUUGCACAUCCUAUCACACAGUCUAGAAACAAAGGCUGGAUUGAAUUUUCAGCAACUGUAAAGCAGUUAGAAAACCUGCUAAAGACCGAAUUCCACAACUAUCACCAUGAUUCCGGGCGUACUAUAGCAUCGACAGAGGCAUACUACGUGCCUGCAAGCGUUAGAGAACAUGUCGAUUUUGUAUGGCCUGGAAUUACUCUAUCCCACCAAAUAGAUGCUAGCAGAAACGCUUUGCGAAAGAGGGGUACACCAGUCGAGCAGCAGAAUGCCUCAGUACUACUUCCAGUAGAAUCGAGCCUUAAAAGCACUGUGCCAUGCAGCAACAAUCACUCUGCAUUAGAACCGGCAUGUAUUCGAGAUCUCUAUGGAGUCCCUCAUAGACCCGCGCCAUUCCAUCCCGCUUAUACACACGCCAUCUACUCCAGCGGAAAUGACAAGUACAAGCAAGAGGAUCUUGACACCUUUUGGUCGGCUUAUGCUCCUGAAGUGCCAAAGGGCACCGCACCUAAGCAGAUUCUUAUCGAUGGUGCAGCCGACACAAGAUCUACGGAUACGCGUCCUGGUGAGCUCUUUUUAGAUAUCUCCUUGACUGUACCCUUGGUGGCUCCAAAUACAGUAACGAUUGUCAGCCCGGAUGAUCCGGUUAUUCAGGCCAAUGCGACCUUAACGGGCGGUGCGAAUAGCAUGCUGGAGGCUUUUGACGAGUCGUACUGCACGUACAGCGCUUAUAAUGUGACUGGACCUCUGCCAGGCUGGGAUGCGCAAUACCCGGAUUCGGCCCCAGGCGGAUAUAAAGGUCAAAGACAGUGUGGAGGAGUGAAGCCGCCAUCUGUCCUUGUCAGUGCUUGGGGAGCAUCAGAGGACUUUUAUCCUAUUUCUUUCCAGCGCAGGCAGUGUAACGAAUUUAUGAAACUCGCACUCCAAGGCACAACAAUCCUCGCGGCAACAGGCAAUCAAGGGGUCGCUGGGUACACUUCCCAAUGUUGGGGUUCUAAUAAAGAUCGCUGGAACGUCCUAACGCCGGCAAAUUGUCCCUAUGUAACUGCUGUUGGCGCGACAAUGCUAAAAGAUGGAGUUGAUAUCCGUCAGCCGAGCGAAAAUCCGGAGCUAGGCUAUCAUAUGAGUGGAGGUGGGAUUUCCGCUAUCUAUGCACGGCCUAGGUGGCAGGAGCCUUUUGUUAGUAACUACCUCCAGACGGUAUCAGUCGAUAAGCCCGGAUUCACAGGGCUAGCUCCUCUUGUUGCGAAUAAUACUUUGUUGGCAGAUGUCAUCUCGGAUUUUGGCGCAGAUGGCGUGCGCAGUCUCUCUGGGCGCGGGCUUCCCGACCUUUCCGCCCUUGGUGAACCUAUAUCCAGCUUCAUCAUUAUUGAUGGAGUCGUCUACCAAGUAGGUGGGACCUCUGUGUCAGUACAAUAUGUUGGCGCUCUCAUUACGCGCAUUAAUUUGGAGCGUUUGAGCGUAGGCAAACCUGUUGUUGGGUUUAUCAAUCCUGUUCUAUACAAAUACGCAGAUCGUAUUAUUCGAGACAUUACCCAAGGGGAGAGUAAUAGCGGUUGUAACGAUACUGGCUAUCCGACCACUGUUGGAUGGGAUGCUGUUACUGGUCUUGGAGUAUUAAAGUACGAGGAGGCUCUCAAGCUUUGGCUUAGCAUAUAA